AGGGAAGAAGCUGAAGAAAAAAAAGGGGGCGUCUCCCCUUUAAAGACUUGCAGAGAUUGAGAGAGAAGAGAGAGAGAGAGUCAGGGACAGAGAAUCAGAGCGCGCGCGUCUGUCUGUCUGUCUGUCUGUCCCUUGGAAGGGAGAACAUCUCUGCUUCACAGUGGUUGGCACUGGGGGAGAGGCAUCAGUUGGCUUCAGACCCAAGGGGGAGACCAGACCAGGUCACCCCGGUUAAGACUAAGUGAGAGUUGCCCCUCCCCGUCCCACCUCUCUCCACCCGGGAAUGUCUCGGCGAAAGCAGCGGAAACCCCAACAGUUAAUCUCGGACUGCGAAGGUCCCAGCGCGUCUGAGAACGGUGAUGCUAGCGAGGAGGACCACCCCCAAGUCUGUGCCAAGUGCUGCGCACAAUUCACUGACACAGCUGAAUUCCUCGCCCACCAGAAUGCAUGUUCUCCUGACCCCCCUGUAAUGGUGAUAAUUGGGGGCCAGGAGAACCCCAACAACUCUUCGACCUCUUCUGAACCCCGGCCUGAGGGCCACAGCAGUCCCCAGGUCAUGGAGGCCGAGCAGAGCAACCCGUCGGAUUCCGGGUCCUCUGUACCCACAGAUCCCACCUGGGGCCCAGAGCGGAGGGGAGAGGAGUCUUCGGGGCACUUUCUCGUAGCUGCCACAGGUACAGCAGCUGGGGGAGGUGGGGGCCUGAUCUUGGCCAGCCCUAAGCUAGGAGCAACUCCAUUACCUCCAGAAUCCACUCCUGCACCACCACCCCCUCCACCUCCUCCUCCGCCCCCAGGUGUAGGCAGCGGCCACUUGAACAUCCCUCUGAUCUUGGAAGAGCUCCGGGUACUGCAGCAGCGGCAGAUCCAUCAGAUGCAGAUGACUGAGCAAAUCUGCCGGCAGGUGCUGCUGCUUGGCUCCUUAGGCCAGACAGUGGGCACCCCUUCCAGCCCCUCCGAGUUACCUGGGACAGCCGCCGUCUCCUCCACCAAGCCUUUGCUCCCCCUCUUCAGCCCCAUCAAGCCUGUCCAAACUGGCAAGACACUGGCGCCUUCCUCCACCUCCUCUUCCUCAGGGGCAGAAACACCCAAGCAGGCUUUCUUCCACCUUUAUCAUCCCCUGGGGUCACAGCACCCUUUUGCUGCCGGAGGGGUCGGGCGAAGCCACAAACCCACCCCUGCCCCCUCCCCGGCCCUGUCAGGCAGCACAGAUCAGCUGAUUGCCUCGCCUCAUCUGGCAUUCCCAGGCACCACGGGACUACUGGCAGCACAGUGUCUUGGGGCAGCCCGGGGCCUCGAGGCUACUGCCUCCCCAGGGCUCCUGAAGCCAAAGAAUGGAGGUGGUGAGCUGGGCUAUGGGGAAUUGAUGGGUCCCUUGGAGAAGCCUGGUGGACGGCACAAAUGCCGCUUCUGUGCCAAAGUAUUUGGCAGUGACAGUGCCCUGCAGAUCCACCUGCGUUCCCACACAGGUGAGAGGCCCUAUAAGUGUAAUGUCUGUGGCAACCGCUUUACCACGCGUGGCAACCUCAAAGUGCAUUUCCACCGGCAUCGGGAGAAGUACCCGCACGUGCAGAUGAACCCUCACCCGGUACCAGAGCAUCUGGACUACGUCAUCACCAGCAGCGGCCUGCCCUAUGGUAUGUCCGUGCCACCAGAGAAGGCCGAGGAGGAGGCGGCCAUGCCAGGUGGUGGUGUGGAACGCAAGCCUCUGGUGGCCUCCACCACGGCACUCAGUGCCACAGAGAGCCUGACGCUGCUCUCCACCGGGGCAGGCACAGCCACGGCUCCUGCGCUCCCUGCUUUCAAUAAGUUCGUGCUCAUGAAAGCGGUAGAGCCAAAGAGUAAAGCUGAUGAAAACACCCCACCCGGGAGCGAGGGCUCAGCCAUCGCCGGGGUGGCGGAAAGUGGCACAGCAACCCGCAUGCAGCUAAGUAAGCUGGUGACUUCGCUACCCAGCUGGGCCCUGCUUACCAACCACUUUAAGUCCACUGGUAGCUUCCCCUUUCCUUAUGUGCUAGAGCCCUUGGGGGCUUCGCCCUCCGAGACCUCCAAGCUGCAGCAACUGGUAGAGAAGAUUGACCGUCAAGGAGCCGUGGCAGUGGCCUCUACUGCUUCGGGAGCCUCCACAACCUCUGCCCCUGCAACUUCAUCCUCAGCCUCAUCGGGACCUAACCAGUGUGUCAUUUGCCUUCGGGUGCUGAGCUGUCCUCGAGCGCUGCGCCUGCAUUACGGCCAACAUGGAGGUGAGCGGCCCUUUAAAUGCAAAGUGUGUGGCAGAGCUUUCUCUACCCGGGGCAACCUGCGUGCACAUUUCGUGGGCCACAAGGCUAGUCCAGCUGCCCGGGCCCAGAACUCCUGCCCCAUUUGCCAGAAGAAGUUCACCAAUGCUGUUACUCUGCAGCAGCAUGUUCGGAUGCACCUGGGGGGCCAGAUCCCCAACGGUGGUACCACGCUCCCUGAAGGUGGGGGAGCUGCCCAGGAGAACGGCCCUGAGCAGUCCGCAGUCUCAGGGGCGGGGAGCUUCCCCCAGCAGCCAUCCCAGCAGCCAUCCCCAGAAGAGGAGUUGUCCGAAGAGGAAGAAGAGGACGAAGAAGAAGAGGAAGACGUGACUGAUGAAGAUUCCCUGGCAGGGAGAGGCUCCGAGAGUGGAGGUGAGAAGGCGAUAUCAGUGCGUGGUGAUUCAGAAGAGGCCUCCGGGGCAGAGGAGGAAGUGGGAACUGUGGUGGCAGUGGCCACAGCUGGGAAGGAGAUGGACAGUAAUGAGAAAACGAUUCAACAGCCUUCUCUGCCGCCGCCGCCGCCGCCUGACAGCCUGGAUCGAACGCAGCCAGUGGAGCAGGGCGGCAGUGAUGUUGCAGGAGGCACAGAAGAGGGGGGCAAACCGGAGAGGAGCGCCAGCCCCGUGUCAGCGUUGGCCCUAGAAGGGGAAGGCAGCAGCCCCACCUUGGUGGAGGAGCUGAGCCUGCAGGAAGCGAUGAGAAAGGAGCCCGGAGAGAGCAGUAGCAGAAAGGCCUGUGAGGUGUGUGGCCAGACCUUUCCCACCCAGGCAGCUCUGGAGGAGCAUCAGAAGACCCACCCCAGGGAGGGGCCGCUCUUCACUUGUGUUUUCUGCAGGCAGGGCUUUCUCGAACGGGCUACCCUCAAGAAGCAUAUGCUGCUGGCUCACCACCAGGACACGGCUUUACUGUCAAGUGACCUGCCCACCAGGCCCCAGAGUUCCAGCUCCAUCUCCAUCUCCAUCUCCACUACCCCUUCAGGCCCCACACCACCAGUGCUGUUUGGCCCAGGAACUGUGGCUGAGAAGUUGCUUCCAGCAAUGGGAUCCAGAGAAGCCAAGGAAAAGAGAUUCCCCCCUCCUUUUCUUUUGGCCUCUGGCAUCCAAGACAGUGCCUGAGAAAGCCCGUCAUAGAAGAGAAGCAGCAAACUGUACAUUUCUUCUCCUUCCCCCUGCUCCAGAAGGUGCUGACAAUGAAGAUGCAACAAUGUCAGUAUCUGGUGGCUCCGCCCCAGGGUGUAGGGAGAAACGAAGGGCAUAGGACACUUCCCAGUAGUAAGGCACUAAUGUGCCUUCCUCACGUUAAGGCAAAGGUGUUGGCUGGUUAAUAUGCCAAGAUAUUUUGAGCUUGUCAUAUCUUUCAUCCUUGCCUCUGAGUUAGGAAACAAGUGGAUUUCUUGCUGAGAGGUCUCCCAUGGGAUGGAUAUUUUGGGGAAGGAAAGGUGAAGUUCGUAUCUUUAACAAGCAUUGUUGAUGAGGGUUAGCUGAAGGAAUAAUGGAGCGUUUAGGAGUGUUGCUAAAGCAUAGGGCUUGCUGAGAACCUAUGUGAUUAAGAAAGGGGUGUGAUAUAAGGGAGGGGACCUCAAACUCUUAAUUGGAUGGGUUGAUGGGUCUCAUGAAUGUUCUUUUGAACUAAUGGUGACUUUAGUGUGCAGCAAUGCACCAUGGAUCAUGGGGGAUUUCCUAGCACUAGUGUGCUUCUAGUUUUAGAUAACUCCCUCCGCUAUUCCCUGGCCCCUUGUAUUUUCCUCAUCUUCCUCUUUCAAGGUCCACUUCCUUCCCAUUUUGCUUGUCCACGGACCGGGGCUUAUGUCUUUGCCACUGUCUGGUUCUUAGAGUCCCAGACUUUGGGAGAUGAGCCCUAGGUGCUGUCCUCCCUGCCUCUCCGUUUUGUAAUGAGAUGUAGUAUUUACUUUUAACAUAGGCUCAUUUGGAACCGGAGUUCUGAGGAGGAGGGAGUGAGGGUUCUGCUAUUGACUGACUUGAGUGAUGGCUCCUCCUCCAAAGGUGUAGGCUCCAGUUUCCUAACAUAGUAAAAUGUGAAGAGCAGACAACGGAGAUGUUAGUGUCUUUCCCUUUUCAUUAAAGGUGUUUUAACCAAA